AUGGGAGGAGUCAGAACAAACACCAUUAAGAGAGCUGCUCGCAACAUGAUUGAGAAGUACUACCCAAUGUUGACCCUCGACUUCAACACAAACAAGCGUGUCGUCGACGAGUUUGCUGUCAUCAGUACCAAGAAAAUGAGAAACAAAAUUGCCGGGUACAUCACUCACUUGAUGAAAAGAAUUCAAAACGGGCCAGUCAGAGGCAUCUCCUUCAAAUUGCAAGAAGAAGAGAGAGAAAGAAGAGACAACUUCAUCCCAGAAAAGUCUGAAGUUCAGACCGACAACCUCGUCACUGAUGCUGUUACUCUUAAGAUGCUUGAAGCCAUCGGCAUGCCAAUGAACAAGAAAAACUAA